AUGAUUCCGAUUACAAGAUGGGUAAUCUUGAGUAUAAUCUUUCAAAUGUUGCUAGUACUUGCAGGUUCAGAGACUCUGGAAGUGAGGCAAGCAUUAGUCAUGUUUAUAAACAAGAUUUCACUUGGGAACAUCUCAAAAGAAGUGAACUUUGGAUGGAAUUUAUCAUCUGAUCCAUGUACCAACAAAUGGGAAGGCAUAACUUGUGAUUCAAGAAAGCAACACGUGAAAAAAAUCGUUCUUGAUCAGAAGAAUCUCACUGGAAUUCUUGAUGCUGCUUUUGUCUGUGAGGCUACUUCCCUUUCUGUACUGAGCUUGAAUGAGAACGAAAUUAUUGGAAGUUUACCACAAGAAAUAUCAAACUGCAGGCGUCUCACACAUUUAUAUCUGCGUGGCAACAAAUUAUCAAGCAAUUUACCAAGCUCUCUUUCACGGUUGAGCAAUUUGAAAAGGUUUGUUAUUUCAGAUAAUGCCUUCUCGGGACAGAUACCGGAUAUGUCAAGAAUCUCAGGGUUGUUAACUUUUUUGGCUGAAAGAAAUCAGCUAACAGGGCAGAUACCUGAAUUUGAGUUUUCCAAUCUUGUAGAAUUCAAUGUCUCCUACAAUAAUUUAACUGGUCCAGUUCCUGAUGUCAAGGGCCACUUUAGUUCCAGCAGUUUUUCGGGUAAUCCCGGAUUAUGUGGACUGAUAUUGUCAAGAACAUGUCCACCCUUGCCAUCGCCACCUCCUCAUACAGUUGCUAAGAAGAAAAAAGUCACAUUCUUUAUCUAUCUUGGCUAUGUUAUUCUUGGGGUGAUUAUCAUACUUCUACUUGUAUGGAAGCUAUUUAAGUGCAUAAGGAAGAAAAAGAGCAAUAGUACUCCAAAGGAUCAGAACAAGGCUAUUAGCUCUGCUGGUGAAUCAAAGACUCCUAAAAACAGGUCAGAAUAUUCAAUAACAUCUUCCGAAAACUCCAUGGUUUCAGCUUCAUUUGAAAUCCUUUCAAGUCCUCUGGCUAAUAAAUUGAGAUUUGAGGAUUUGCUUCGAGCUCCAGCUGAAUUGAUUGGGAAAGGAAAACAUGGAAGUGUUUACAAGGUCAAUGUUGAUGGAGUAACAUUGGUAGUAAAGCGGAUCAGUGGUUGGAAUAUUUCGAAAGACGAUUUCAAGAAGAGGAUGCAGAGAAUAAAUAGAAUGAAGCAUCCUCAUGUGUUGCCCCUUGUUGCCUUCUAUAGUUCCAAACAAGAGAAGCUAACAGUUUACAAGUACCAGCAGAAUGGCAGUCUAUUCAAGCAUCUCCAUUCAUCUCAGGGCAGCCAAGUUAUCGAGUGGGCGAACAGAUUAGCUAUUGCAGUCAGUGUUGCAGAAGCCUUAGCUUUUAUGCAUGAAGGCCUUCAUCAUGACGAUAUUCCUCAUGGAAACAUGAAAUCUACCAAUAUUCUGCUGAACGAAGACAUGGAGGCCUGUAUCAGUGAGUAUGGUCAAAUGCCCAACAAUCAAGACCAGUCAUUUGUUGCUCAAAGUGAUCAUAGCAUCAGAGAAGAUGAUUCGGUUGCAAUUACUGCACGCAACGCCUUCAAGAUGGAUGUUUAUAGUUUUGGAGUGAUUCUUCUUGAAUUGCUCACAGGGAAGCCUGUUCAGGCUAGUGGAUAUGAUUUGGCUAGGUGGGUAAAUUCAGUGGUUAGAGAGGAAUGGACAGGUGAAGUUUUCGAUAAGUCCCUUAUUACAAAUGGUGCAAAUGAAGAAAGAAUGAUCAGUCUGUUACAUGUAGCCCUCAAAUGCAUAAAUACAUCACCAGAUGCAAGGCCCAACAUAAAGGAAGUUGCUUUCAUCAUCAAUUCCAUUAAGGAAGAUGAAGAGAAAUCCGUGUCCGUACUCAGCAGUGAGGUUUAA